UUUUGUACAAGGUCGCAAGGGAUUCCCAAGAGAGCAAGUUUUUCAAGCCCUCAAAAGGCCUCUCCUAUAUCAUGGUUUAUUGUGGAAAGCCCAGCAAAGGCUGCGGCCAGUGUCGCACCAGAAAGAUCCGAUGCGAUCAAGUCCGCCCAGCUUGUUCCCAAUGCAUCCGGGCAAAGCGGGACUGCCCUGGAUAUCGGGACCAGCUAUCAUUAAUGUUUCGCGACGAGAGCAAAUCAGUUGUACGCAAAGCCAAGGCGGAGGCGGGCUCCUCUGCUAGUUCGACUUCUUCUGCGUCGUCAGCCCGGUCUAGACAGAAGCGGUCGCCAACGCGAUCGUCUCGCAUUGUAUCCCCAGAUGGGAGUGGCACUGGGAGUCUCCCGUCUGAGCGGGACCUGCCCCUGGUGGACCCGGCGUUCGAUUUCAUCUUUGAUAUGGGUCCACCGCUGGACUUUGCCAUGCUAGAUCCCUGGUCUAUACCGCUAGAGGUCCAACCCCCACCUGAAGCAUCGAAACAAGAGGCUAUCUGCUACUUUUUGCGAGGCAAUGCUAUUCCCGGUAGCUUGUGGAUGGAGGACUUUGUCAAUCGGUUCUUGGCUGAGCCGGGGGCUGCGUCUAGCCAGAAAGCGAUGCAAUCUACUAUAAUUGCCGUGUCGUCGGCUAUGCUAUGCCGUGUCCGGAAGAUGACGUCGCUAAAAGAUCUGGCGCAGAGGGAAUAUGUUGCAGCGUUAAAUCAUUUGAACACGGCAUUGGCUGAUGUGGAGGAGGCCAAGACGAACCAAGCAUUGGGGGCUGUCGUACUGCUUGCCGUUUAUGAAGUUGUCACUUCACGGGCACCGCGGGAUAUUGACCAGUGGACGAACCAUAUCACGGGGGCUACAGCUCUCCUAGAUUUGCGGGGCCCUGAGCAGUUAAAAACAGAGAUCGGCCUUCGUCUGUUCUUGCAUCUCCGCUAUCAGAUUAUUAUCAGCUGUAUCCAACGAGAUGCCCGGGUACCGCAGUCUUUACUUGACUGUACAGAGUACGCCAUGUUCCUCCGACCAGGCGAAGCUCACGGUAACCGCUUGAUCAUGAUCAUCGGUCGUCUAUCUAAUCUUCGCGUGGAUAUUCAGGAGAAGAUCCUCACCGACAACCGAGAGAUCAUAUCAGUCGCCUCCAGUAUCGAGGCUGACCUGAUUGCCUGGUUAGCCGCACUGCCGCCAGACUUCACUUACGAAACUCACACCAAGUCCCCUUACGAUUUUAUGUUCCAAGAGCGCUGUCGUGGGCUGGCUCUAUACGACGACAAAUUUCACGAGUACCCAAGUCUCUGGGUCUGCAAUACGUGGAAUCAGUACCGUUGCGCCCGCAUUCUAGUCAGCGAGAUCAUCCUCUCUCAUAUCAGGAAACUGUCCGAGUCAAACUCCAUUCGAUUACUGUCCGAUGAAUUCCGACAACAUUGCAAGACUAUCUGGGCGAAUACCCGACGUCUUGCAGUCGAUAUCUGCCGCAGCGUGCCAUAUCACCUGGGCGCACACCUGAAAGAUGCCUCGCCCAAUUUCCCACCUCCAGAAAGUUACAUGGGAGGCUUGAUGCUGCUUUGGCCUUUAUUUUUGGCAGGCAUUGUCGAGAAUCCCAAUCACGCGCUGCGCCGAUGGGUCAUUCAAUGUCUGAAAAUGGUUGGCCAUAGUUAUGGGUUCGACCAGGCGCUGGCUUUGAUGGAUAUCGUGGCUGUUGACCCGGGUAUUCUACGCGAAGCUGCGGCACGAGCUGUGGAAGAAGAGUAUGCCUCGCCAGAGGAGAGUGUGAGCCCUGCGGAGGAGCUGCCUGAUCUCCACUGGAGUCAGAUCCCGUCAUCGGCAGAGACCAUUGUCUAG